AUGCUGACGGGCGGUCUUUUACACCUCUUCUCUCGCAAGGAGCGAGCGAAGCGAAAGCAACAGUCCCAGCAGGCAGAGCAACUAGCGCCGCUCCAUGUGCCUCCGGCGUAUAAAUCCGACAUCUAUGAACCGCUGAAUGGGCCCCGCUCUGCGCAUCCCCGGCCGCUAUCCUCCUUCGCUCCGGACUACAGUCGCCAGGCCCACUACUCGGCCCAGAAUGCGGUCCAUGGGGGCUACUAUCCCCACCAUUCUGGCAGUCGCAGCCAUCCCAAUCACUAUGGCCAAUAUAGCCAGCAGCAGCAGCAGCAGCAGCAGCAGCAAGCAUACCAAUAUCACACUCAGACCCCGCAGCACGAACGACAGCUGCCACGAGCAUCCUUCGAUGUACCCCGAUAUCCGGCCCUACCAACCUAUGACCCAUCCAAGUACCAACCCAUUCAACCAUCCCUGACACCGACCGCCGAUCGAUUCGCCUUCCACUACCCUAAUGCCAGGGGCCAAAGCUCCCGUUUGAGUGAGGUACACUAUAAUGAUGCGCGACCCUCGUCGAUCUACGUCCCGCCCCAAGCUGCUCCGGACCUAUCCUCCGCACCACCAAUGCCCCGGCGGAGAAUGGCCGCGCACGCUCGCAUUCAGUCUAUCAUACCAUCUUCCGGCACCUCGGCCGGACAGGGCUUGUCCAGAUCGGGGGAUGGGAGGGAACGGAGCGUCUCUGAACCAAUGCCUGCGGGUGAUGGGCAGGGGAGCCGGGGGCCACGACGGCCUAAACCGGUGCUUUCACGGCUGAUUACCAACUUCGGCUAA